GCUAUGAUUUUCGCGAAAUAUUCAUGAGUUGAGAAAAUGAAAUUGUUUCAGUGUAGCCUGAUGUUUAUUUUUUUUCAACCCGAAAUGACAAUUCUUUUUUUGAUUACAGCAAAAGAGUUCAUUCCAUUCAUGCGACUGGAAGAUGAACUUCUUUUGCUUAAUCAAUGAAUAUGAUUUUUUGUAUUGGUCGUCCGUUCGAAUGUCAUUGCGUUCUCGAUUGUGAAUGGGUAAGUAUGAAAUUCAUUGUUAGCGCGACGAAUAUCAUCGAUAAUGGUGAUUUUAUUAUCACAGUCACCGGUGAGUCUGUAUCCCGGGUAGAAAAUGGACGUAGAAGCUGCCUGUCCUGUUGCGCCGAAGCCGAAAAAACGAAAGAACUCGAGCAAACCAACGCUGCAAGAGAUCGCGCUGCGAUUUAUAAGCCGCGAAGGAAAUGCAGGAUCAUGCAGCAUCGACGAAAAUAGCGGUUGCUCAUACACACAAGUGACGUGCGAUGUCGGAAAUUUUGUCCGACACUUCCGAACCCAGCAUCCAAACGCGGCCAGGAAACACGGACUUAUGAGCGAGAAGGAUACAGGCGCCCGGAAACCACGAGCAAUCGCAAAACGCCUCAUAGCUAUUGAUCGGCGUUUGUUGCUCGAAUCUUUAACGAAGCUGGUGUGCUAUCAUAAUCUUCCUUUAUCUUGCGUCGAGUGGGAAGGUCUCAAGCAAUUGAUGGACCCAAUUGCCUCCGCAUUGGAUGUGACGCUGAAUCGAGGAAAAAACAAAAUGAUCAUUCAUGCCAUAGCCAACAGGGUUCGUGCCGCUUUGGGAAAGGAGAUGAAAAAUAUUUUACUUUCGCUGAAGGUCGAUUCCGCUUCGAGAUUCCACCGCCAUAUACUUGGAAUCAAUGUUCAGUACGUUUUAGACGGAAAAAUCGUCAUUCGUACUCUUGGCAUGGUAGAAAUCAAGGAGCGGCAAACAGCAGCAUUCCUGAAGGAAAAGAUUUUAGAUGUGAUUCAAUCGUAUGGGAUGAGCAUAGAACAAAUCUUCUCCGUUACUGUCGAUAACGGAUUGACGCCUAAAAUUUGGGAGUUCAUCGAGCACUAUGUGCAGGCCUUUGAGCCCUUGGAUAUCUGCACCAAAAAACUUCAGGAACGGCAUGUUUCAUUGUCCGAUUUCUAUAUCGCGUGGCUCAUGACAAUCAACUCAGUACGAAACAUGUUUUCGAAUCCUUUUGCCCAGAAGUUGACUAAGGCUCUGACAGAUCGCUUGGUUAAGUUGAAAUCGUCUCAAGCAUUCCAGAUGGCUCUUUUUGUGGAUCCCCGCUUGAACUUCUUGAACUCCAAACUGUUCAACGAAGAUGAAAAGCUACAUAUUCAGACAUGUAUCAAGGACACCUGGAACAGAAUUCGAAGACUGAAGCCAUCACCUUCUGAAAUGUCAGCUAACAACAGUUCCAAUAGCAAUUCUCAAUUCGACGAUUUCGUGACGGAGCUUUAUGGUGGUACUCUGUCGAAGACAGCAAACGAUGCAACUGAUUCGUCAUUUGUCCAACAACUUAAGGCGUUGGAAGCUGAACCUCGUCAAGACCACACAUUUGACGUGUUCAAACAUUGGGUGAAGCGUAGAGAAUCGCAUCCGGAGCUUUUCGAGGUUGCUAUGGUUGUCGUAGCAACACCCUCGAACCAGAUUUCAGUAGAGCGGUCCUUUAGCGCGUUAGCUCUGAUUCUCACGUCGCACCGAGUUGGAUUGGGACAAGAUGCACUAGAAGAUAUAUUGAUCAUAAAGCUCAACCGGGACAUUUUUGAGAAAGAGGCUGAAUUGAUCGAUUGGGAUGAUCUGGUCAGUAAUGUGAAUUCUUAGCUUGAGUCUAGUCUUGGAGUUAUUGAGAUUAUGGUUAGCAACAGCACGGUGAUAUACCAUCAAGAGAAAUAGUUUACAAAAAGAAUUUUGAAUUAGUUAUCUGGGAAAUAUGUUCUCUUUUUUUGUUCUAUUGUUUUAUAUUUUUAAAUAAAACGAAAUACAUAAGUACCUUUUAUUUCGACAAUAAAAUAAUUUUUGAGCUUUUUUUUUUUAAAUGCGCCGUUGGUAAGGUAGACGCGUACAAUUUCCAUGUGACUUUAUUGGUUUUUGUAGGAAUGUAGGGUGUAAGAAAAUUAGGGAAGGGAAUCCUGUUGUUGGGGCAUCGCUAUAACUUAGUAAAUUUAUCCAGUUGACUCGUAUGUUUGUACAAUGUACAUGACUAGGGUAAUUGAUCCGAUCAUGGAGGAGUUAAGCGCUGGGUUCAUGCUUAAACCACAAUUGUAUCGCCCCAAGCAAACUUUUUUACAUGGAUUGAAUUGAAAAUAAUAAAAUCCAUCCUUAAUCUACGGGAAAAUAACGAAAUAUUGCCACUUUAAUGUUGUUAUGAGCAUUUUAUUCGUUUUUAUCUGAAAGAACAUUGUGUUCCUAAUGUUGCGGUAUGUGUUCCUAAUGUUGCGGUAUUUUGUUCCUAUUGUUGCGGUAUCCCAUUGAAAUCAUAUGGGAUACCGCAACAUUAGGAACACUACCGC